GCGGUAGCGCUGCGCACCAUCGCUCAGUAGUGGAGCAGCGGGCGCGGGAACCACUCUCCUCUGCCUGGCUUGCAAAUCUUUUUUUGUGUGUUAUGCUGUGUGUUGCCCCCAAGAGUGAUUUUCAGAGUGAACCGUGGUCAAGGAUCGUGCAGUGGUUUCCAAUGGCGGACACACAUAAAUAGGUGACGUGCCUAUGGAGGCAAUCUCAGCCUUGUUGUGUGCUAUUUAAUUGUUGACGAGGCGCGCACCACCGGCGCUUGCCCCCACAAACCAGCAACAUUCCCCCGCACAGCAUGGCCUCCGUGGCCGCUUGGUUGCCCUUCGCUCGUGCAGCUGCCAUCGGAUGGGUCCCCAUCGCCAACAACCCAUUACCGGCGCCACCUAUACCGAAGGACAAGCGGCGGCCCGAUGAUGAGAAGCUGCUGAUCAAUGUGUCGGGACGGAGAUUCGAGACCUGGCGCAACACCCUCGAGAAAUACCCAGACACCCUGCUGGGCUCGAACGAGAGGGAGUUCUUCUACGAUGAGGAGACCAAAGAAUACUUCUUCGAUCGCGAUCCCGACAUAUUCCGGCACAUCCUCAACUACUAUCGGACGGGUAAGCUGCACUACCCCAAACACGAGUGUCUUACCAGUUACGACGAGGAGCUGGCCUUCUUCGGCAUCAUCCCCGACGUGAUUGGGGACUGUUGCUACGAAGACUACAGGGACCGCAAGAGGGAGAACGCCGAGCGUCUCCUGGACGACAAGCUCUCGGAGAGCGGAGAGCAGGACAAAUAUGUUUAUCGUACAAUUCGUGAGCGGAUGUGGCGGGCUUUCGAGAACCCUCACACUUCUACGGCAGCUCUAGUGUUUUACUAUGUGACUGGCUUCUUCAUCGCCGUAUCGGUGAUGGCCAACGUGGUAGAGACAGUGCCGUGCGGCCGCCUACCAGGCAAGAAAGAGUCCCAACCGUGUGGUGAACGCUACAAGAUUAUAUUUUUUUGUGGUGACACGGCCUGUGUGAUGAUAUUUACCGCCGAGUACCUACUUCGUAUGUUCGCUGCGCCAGACCGCUGCAAAUUCGUACGUUCCGUUAUGUCCAUUAUUGAUGUCGUAGCCAUCUUGCCCUAUUAUAUCGGCCUGGGCAUCACAGACAACGAUGACGUCUCAGGCGCCUUCGUCACGCUGCGAGUUUUCCGCGUGUUCCGGAUCUUCAAGUUCUCCCGCCAUUCCCAGGGGCUUCGCAUCCUGGGUUAUACGCUCAAAUCGUGUGCUUCGGAGUUGGGUUUCCUCGUGUUCUCGCUGGCCAUGGCCAUCAUCAUAUUCGCCACGGUUAUGUUCUACGCCGAAAAGAACGUCGAGGAUACAACCUUCACCUCCAUCCCUUCAGCCUUCUGGUACACCAUCGUUACCAUGACGACGCUUGGGUAUGGUGACAUGGUUCCCCACACGCCCACCGGGAAAAUCGUGGGCGGUGUCUGUUCACUGUCCGGUGUGUUGGUGAUCGCGCUACCUGUACCUGUCAUCGUCUCGAACUUCUCAAGAAUUUACCACCAGAACCAACGGGCAGACAAGAGAAAAGCACAGAAGAAAGCGCGCCUAGCUCGCAUCCGAAUAGCUAAGGCGUCGUCGGGAGCCGCCUUCGUCAGCAAGAAGAAAGCGGCCGAAGCCCGACUGGCCGCCCAGGAGAGCGGCCUGGAGAUGGAUGAGUUUACCAAAGAGGAAGACAUCUUCGAGCUGCAGCAUCAUCACUUACUCCGUUGCCUUGAGAAAACCACGGACCGAGAAUUCGUGGAGUUGGAGGUGCCCUACAACGGCCAGCCGAACCGGCCCGGCAGCGCCUCGCCGCCCCAGAGCAGGAGUCCUUCCCUCUCCAGCCACGCCAACUUUACCAUCACCUGCUGCGGCCGAAGGUUUGGGGGAAAGUCAUAUCAGUGUAAAGGGGGCGCCACCGGCGGCGGCGGCAGCGGCGGCUCAGAACGCGGCCGAUAUGACGAGGAACUGAACGAGAUCCACGUCCGGGACAAGACCUUCCUCAACAUGACCAAGGACAAGAGCGGAUGGGGCGCGUCCUUGCAGCAGCCUUCGCAGCAACAGCAGAACCAACAGCAGCAGCAGCAGCAGCAAUCCGGAUCGCCGCCCCACCCGACUUUCUUAGCCACUUCCAACGCCAACACGACGACGGUCGCCAACACCACCAUCUCCUGCUCCUCCUCCGGUGGAGGCGUGGGCAUGGGCGGCAGCAGCCUAGGGGCCGCACAGCCCAGCGUCGUGGCCGUGAGUAAGCCGAACUCGACGACUACGGUCACCACGGCUAUCAUCAAUUUGCCUACUCCGUCGCCAAACGGCGACAGUGACUUUCCGGCGCCCAGUUUAGGCGUCUCGUCCCCCUCCAACCAGGGUGUGCUAAGAAUAUCCUCACUUUAAUCCGCAUAAUACGAGACAAUUGCGAGUAACGAAAACGCAAGCGUGAGAAAAAUACGAUAAAAGUCAUGCAAAGACUUCUAAGAGAAAAUAAAUCAAUAACGUCAAUAAUGUAAUAAUAAUAAUAAAAAAAGACCUGAUGCCAUUGCACUCGGUUGAUGAGUUCUAAUGAAAAAAAUAUUCAAGUGGGAGAACAUUCUUUGGCCUUAGUCCAUGUGUUAGUCAUUAAUAAGAAUUGUGUAGUGGAAUUAUAAAAAGUAUAUAAAUACAUAAAUAUAUAUAUAUAUAUAUAUAUACAUAUAUCACCUUCAUCAAUUGGUUAUGUAAGAACUGCGCGGAGUCUGUCAUUUCCAGUUGAUUUGCCCAAUUCUAUUUCAUCAAAGCUAUUUAAAAAAAAAUAAGGUUGACCUAGAAGUAUUUUAUACAGUUCCCUGUCAUUUCUUCAUUCGUUUUGUAUCCUGCACAUUUGUAACGACUGAGUAACCUACACACACAAAAAUUAAACCUGGUCAUCACUGUUGACUACCAGGAGUUUUUCUUAUUCAUAUAUAUAUAUAUAUUGAAAAUUUCCUGAUUGAUAGAAAGAUUUAUCAGUUUUUAUUAAUAAUUAAUAUUUUCGACAUCCCACCAAUUACCUCAUCUUCGUCUUGCCAUAAAAAAACAUCACCGCAAUCUGUUUCCUACAUGCAUUCAUUUGUAUAUUCAUACAUGCAUACAUAUAUACAUACAUACAUACAUAUAUAUAUAUUUGUAUAUAUGUAUGUACGUACAUAUAUAUGUCUAUAUAUACAUACAUCUAUGUAUGUAUAUGUGUAUAUAGGUAUGUAUACAAGUACACUCUUCAAUUCAAAAUCCAUCUUCAUCGAGAUAAAAAAAAAAAGUAUAUGGAUUUUUCUAAGGUGUAAUAUUAUCAUCUCUUUGCUAUCUCAUUUGCCACUAUGAAUUUCACGAGGUAAGAACACUGAUAUAUAUAGGCAUAUAUAUACGUACUGAAUAUAUAUAUACGGAUGUAUAUGUGUAUAUAUGUAUAUAUAUGAAUAGAUCCAUUUUGUUACGACUUCGUUUCCCUUGAUUUUUCUAUGUGAUGGUUUUUCAUGUAGAUACAUCCAUCGAUUCUUAUUGUUUUAAGUAAGAGAUUCUCUAUGAUAUCCCUUUGAUACCUUUGUAUUUGAAAACAUGUAAUAAGCAUUAAUAAGCAUAAUGGAUGACAGAGUGCCAGAUCCUCUUCUAUAAUAAUAAUUAUGAAUAAUUAUGAAUAGAGUUAUGAUUAUUACUGAUAAGUGUGCGAGAGAAAAAGGGAGAGUGCGUCCAAGGAGCUCUUCUCUCUUUUUUUUUUAAUUGAUUUACUCAUUUUUUCGUGAUGUGCUGCAAUGCAACUGCAAGCGCGCAGACCUUCGUGUGUGUAUAUAUGUACUUGUCCUGUGUGUACGUGCAUUGGGAAAAUGCAGGUGCAAGCAGCAGGCGUGAGUGACUCGGCUUCCAGGCACUGAUGGAUUUUCCUAAGCCUCCAAGGUAUAUUGAUAGAAAAAAAAAAUGACUGAAUUUUUCUGAUGUGAUGUUAAUACUGUUGUGAAUUUUUUAUUCUUCAAGCUUAGUGUUAAGAAUAUUCAGCACAUUUUGGACUAUCAAAUGUAUGUUUUUCGUCACGAUCUCACUUGAAAUAUAGCCCGCAUGAUUAACAGGACUCUGUACCCCAAAUGCUUUUUUUUUUUCAUCAUUUAUAUGCAGAUAUAAUAUUUAUGAUACCUGAAACGAUAUGAUUUGGAUCGAACGUUGUUCGUAAAUUCAUGAGACAUAUUUUUGGGGUGGGGGGAGGACGGGGAGGACGGGAGGGUUAUUACAUCAAUAUGAUUUUUUAAUUAGAAGUAUAUUUAAAAAAAAGAAUAAAAAAAAUUAGCAAACUGGGUCACACUGGCAAAAAAAGAAACAUUGUUAGAACAUGGUCACGAGGAUGUCAGUUUUUGAAUUUGCAUAAUAUUUUAAUUCUAUUUUGAAGAGAUCUUCGUCAAAUCCAUUCACCUUGGUAUGCAAUCAACAAACCAUUUUUUGAAAAUAAGAGUAAGAACGACCGUCACAAAACGCGAGUGCAGCAAUAUACAAAACAGUCUUAAUUUGUCAAAGAAUUUACUUAUUUGGCUUCGAGAAUUAUACACAUUGUAAAGAUGAAACAUUGAAAAUCUUUCUUAUUUCAAGACAAGGACUUCGAAGAAUUAUUACAAAAUUACCGAAACUGAGAGUGGAAAGAAAGAAAUGUUCCACCAUUCAGAUUUUCAACAGAUUUGACUAAUAAAAACGCACAUGCAAAAAUGAAAUAAUAAUAAUAAUAAUAAUAAUAAUAAUAAUAAUAAUAAUAAUAAUAAUAAUAAUAAUAAUAAUAAUAAUAAUAAUAAUGUGCCUCCAUCUUUUAAAUUUGUGACGAAGGAAAACCUGACGAUCACUUCCAGCUCGUUAAGGUGUAAAUCCCUCCCCGCCCCCUUCUUCUUUUUGUCCAAUAUGAAGCUUUCAAUUAAGUUCUUUUGAGAAGCUAAAAAUUAGUUAAAAAAACAUACGUGAGAUGUCUAUAAAAUUCAACAACAAAAACCAAACAGGUUCAUAAAAGAGAGGACAUACACUGGAAUUACCAUAUAUAAAAAUAAAGAUGAAAAAUAGGGUGGAAAGAAAAUCACAAAAGGACGAUGAACAAGUGGUAGGGUAAUUGGGCAUAAAGAAGAGUAAGUGGUAGGGUAAUUGGGUAUAACGAAGAGUAACAAGAACUUAAGUUUCCAUUCCAAUACAUACCCGUUUGAGUAGAGUGAAAUGAACGAAUCAACGCGAAUAAUCAAAACUUAAAAAAAAAAUUUAAAUGGUAAUUUUUAAGCACCAACACCUAAGUUUCGAAAAACCAUUCCGACGUUAACGUUUUAUUCCGUUGCUGCAAGAAGCUCAUUCUCUUCUAAGCAUAAGCGAUAGAGAAUCAACUCCAAUCUCGUGUGACGUCGUCGACUUAC